AUGAGUAACAAGGAUGAUGAGGGUAUGAGGGCGACGAGAAAUAUCGGUCAACUUGCCAAGACAAGAUGGACUCUGUUUCAGCUGGAACCUGAGGUAUCGCCCUCGUGGGCAGUCGCCCACAAGCUCGAGGCGAUCGGACGCCUCCAAAUCUAUGUAUCAUGA